AUGUCCGCCUGUGCAAAAGGCCAAUCAAGCGAUGAUACGAGCGACAUCAUCGGCGACCCUCGCACGACCAAAAGUCGUGUCCUCGAGACCGGCGCUGCGAUGGUCCAGGAGUUCAAGCCAGUGAAGCAGAUCUGUGCACACCUGAACGCAUUUCACGUCUACGCGAACGAUCCGACUCGCUGCGUCGAGUCAAACCACUACUGCUCACACUUGACGGAGGACGUCAGACAAUGCCUAAUCUACGACUCCCCCCAACACAACGCGCGGCUGAUCGGGGUAGAGUACAUGGUCACGCCACGGGUGUUCCUUACUCUCCCCCAGGAAGAGCGACGCCUCUGGCACACGCACGAGUUCGAGGUGAAGAGCGGGAUGCUGGCCAUGCCAGCACCGGCAGGCGUUCCGGGGGCGGCGUGGGAGGCUGCCGAAACGGCUGAGAUGAAAGACAUUGCGCCCAUCUAUGGGAAGACCUACCAUUUCUGGCAGGUGGACAGGGGGGAUCCGGUGCCGAUGGGCCCUCCGCAGCUCAUGGGCAGUUUCACGUCACCCGAAAGAGUGGAGAAGGCGUGCCCGGGCGGAAUGGAUGAGCUGUUGAAGGAUCGCGAUGGGAGGUUUGGGAUUGAUUAUCGAGUCAAGGCGAAGAAGAGGGAGGGCAUUGCGGAGCAUGCUCCUAACGCACAGCAAAUGGAGCGCCUAUUACGCAAAGCCCUAAAACAAGGCACUCCGCGCCGGGCUGCCCGCCUAGCCCUCGACGGUAUCGGCCUGUUCUGCGCCUGUACGCUCGUGUGGGAGCACCUGAUCACGAUUCAGCUCAGCGAGGGACCCUCGAUGUACCCGACCUUCAGUCCGCGCGGCGACUACCUGCUCAUCUCGCGCAUGCACCGCAAUGGCAAGGGGAUAGCGGUCGGCGACGUGGUGCGCUUCAACCACCCAACGUUUCUGGGCGUCCACGGUGCGAAGCGCGUAGUCGGCAUGCCGGGGGAUUUUGUCUGUCGUGAUGCGCCGUUUAGUACGGAGGUUGGGAAGACGCCGGAUAUGAUUCAGGUUCCCGAAGGUCAUGUCUUCCUGAUGGGCGAUAACCUGCCCUGGUCGAGGGAUUCAAGAAACUACGGACCCGUCCCUAUGGCGCUGAUCAAUGGGAAGAUCGUUGCGAGGGUUUGGCCGCCGUCGAAAAUGGAGUGGGUGAAGAAUACGAUGCAGCCGGCACAAAUGGAGGCGUAG